CCACAUCUUCCUCCGCUUCCGCUGGAAAAGAGACUAGGGCUUACACUCUCCUCUCCUCUCCUCCGAAUCAAAGAAGCGGGGGCAUUGUCCUCCGCUGCGGGCCGAGGUCGAGCGGCGGCGGAGAUACCCUCCUCUCCUACGGUCUUCGCCGCCGUUUCUAUCUCCCGAUCGUGCUCAAGCUGAAUUUGUUCGAUGGAGGACCUACCGGAGGCUCUGCUGACAGAGAUUCUCAAGAGGAUCACCAGGACAAGUGAUCUGAAUUCUCUUUCCCUUGUGUCAAAGCAGCUCUACAAGAUAGAGGGGAAUCAAAGGGGUGCUAUCCAUGUUGGUGCCGGUCUUUGCACUGCUACAAAAGCACUGACAUCAUUGUGCGUCCGGUUCCCAAAUUUGCAGAAAGUGGAAAUCGAUUACUCUGGUUGUAUACCUGGACAUGGAAAGCAGUUGGACAACAAAGGCCUUUUUGGGUUUUCAUCUCACUGUUCCUCGCUGAUUGACCUCACUUUAAGCUUCUGCUCAUGCAUUGAUGACUCUGGGCUUGGUUGUUUAACUUAUUGCAAGACAUUGGUGUCUCUCAGGCUGAACUCCGUACCAAAAAUAACUUCAAGUGGGCUUUUCUCGGUUGCAGUUGGUUGCACAAGUCUAUCUGCUCUCCACCUUAUUGAUUGCGAAAAAAUCACUAGUGUAGAAUGGCUGGAAUACCUUGGUAGGGAUGGAUCGUUGGAAGAGCUUGUAGUGAAGAAUUGCAGAGGAAUCAAUCAUUAUGACUUCCUUAAGUUUGGUUCAGGAUGGAUGAAGCUCCAGAAGUUUGAGUUUGAAAUGAAAAGACAUGAUCGUCUUCCAGGUGAUGUGGUCUAUGACUCCUCAUACGAUGCUCACAGCAUGGAUAUAUAUGAUUUCUGCUGUGAGAGUUUGAAGGUUUUAAGGUUGGCGCAUAUUAGAACUUGGCCAGAACUAGGACUUCGUGUUGUCCUAGGGAAGUGUAAAGCAUUGGAGAAGCUUUGCCUUGAGUAUGUUCAUGCCCUAAAUGACAAUGACAUGAUUGCAUUAUCUCGGAGUUGCAGCAACCUUAAAAGCAUCAAACUUUGGCUCAACCUGCAGCGCUACUCUAUUGAUGUCAGCGAUUGGGAAACCAGGACGCCAUUUACUGAUAACAGCCUUUACGCUCUAGCCCUCAAUUGUCCCAUGCUUCAGGUCGUAGACCUCAGCUUUAUACCAUGUUCCCCUGACUGGCCAUCAGAAAUUGGAUUCACACAGCAGGGUUUUCUGGCACUCAUUCAGUCCUGCCCAAUUCGUGUUCUCAUGCUAAACACCGCCAACUUCUUUGAUGAUGAGGGGAUGAAGGCCCUCUCAUCCUCACCACAUCUGGAGACACUCGAGCUUAUAGCGUGUUUUGCAGUAACUGAUGCUGGGAUGCGCUUCAUUGCGCACACCCCAUGCUUGAGUCAUCUCACACUUCGGGUGUGUCAUAAGGUUACUGAUGUUGGAUUGGCUGAACUGGGAUGUGCACGUAAGUUAGAGUCUUUGGUCAUUGAGUAUUGUGGUGAGAUCUCUCUGCAAGCUGCGCAGGGUGUUGCCAAGUCAGUUCACUACUCCAGCAAGUUUCCAGAUUCCCUUAUGUAUUGAUGAAGUGAUCUCCAAAAUUUUCAGUAUGAAUUUGCUGCUGAAGCCAUUAGCUUGUUCAGUGUGCAUCAUUGGACAAGGCUGUGCAUCAUCAGACCUAGAUUCACUUGUCUGGACUUUCUAUUGCUUCUACCUUUACUGCUAUAAUUUUUCUGUAUGAAACUUUUAUAGUAGGCA